GAGAGAUCGCGAAGACGUUUCACAAGGAGGCUGCUGAGGUGUUUGGAUCUUAGUACUGUAUGUACGUCGACAGUACAAAAUGACACUAGCUAAAAUAAUUCUAGUUACGUGCCAUUAAGGACUAUCUACUACGUCUUUUCCCCCAAUUUCUCCUCAAAAUGCUCCUCUUUAAUAAGGCUCUUCGUUCAAGGGACGUCCGGAUAUACCCAAAUGGCGGUAUGUAUCCGAAGCAACGACAAUCCUCGAGCGGCACUAAUAAUGGAUAUAACAGUCGUCGUCAUCGUCCCACUCGUCUCCAUAUCCAUCUCCAUAUCCAUUUCCGUCCGGCGCACGAUGCCCACCGUGCGCCUGAUAGACGUCGUCACCAGGGCAGCUCGACAUGUGGGGGUAGAUAUCCUGAACUGGGUGUGCUUUGCCGCAUCUCCAGCAAAAGUGUUCCUGGCAGUGGGCACAAGUGACGUGGUCGCAGCCCACCGUCUUUUCAAUGGUCACACAGCAACCUGGACAAUCUCUGGUGAAUACGACCCGCGCGUUGGCCAACAGGUUGCAAAUCUUCACACCGGAAUCCAUCUUCCGUGGGAGGUUCGGCGGCGCAUACGCGUUCGACCCAUCUUUUCGCUCGGUUGCAACCGAGGCAAAAUCCGAAAUGCCACGCGGGGUCGAAGGUGUCCAACGGGGCUCGUCGCAGCUGCCAGGCCAUACCGUUGUGUCUGUACAGGACCUCCGGGGUGGGGAUGCGUCGGCAGAACACGCACCGGGUAUUUGCCGGCGGAAUGAAUCGCCCGGGAACGAGCACGCCGUACCACCGGUCGAGGCAACUUUUGCAGCAACGCACGUCACAUCCUCUUCUGCCACAGGACGGCAAUAUGGCGUCUUUUGGGACCUCGUUGCAGCACAUCAUGCACAUCCCCAACUCCGCUCGAUGUUUCCGUACCCAGCGAGUGAUAGUAUUGAGAACCUCACGCUCAUUCGUUACCGUCCGUCCGUCGAACCGCAACCGCAACUCGUCCGACGCGUCUUCUUCCGUACUCAAUCCCGCUAUGUAGUGGCGGAGGUCGAACGCAGAUCGACGACGGAAGAAGUCCACCAGAUCAUUGCCGUCAGCAGGACGCAGCCCCACAGCCAAGAGAAUGGUCUUCUCGUUUCCGGUACCAUGUUGACAAACUCCCAAGGAUCCAGGUCGGAGUACCGCAUGUCAAACGAUAUGGCAUGCCUUUUACUUCGUCUCCGUUAGGCAGAUACCUCGUUUUGACAUUUGCCUUUUGGCUGUGGAGAUGACGCAAGCCAAAGUAAGAAGAAGGUUGGGUCCCGAUGCUGUGCGAAAAUCACAUCCAACCGCGUCAAGAGAAGAACGCACGCGUUCCGGAGGGGACAUCGCCAACUCGGUAGUAGACCGAAAACCCCAUUG